CAUCAGACGAUUAGUCUCACAUUUCACCUUGUGAAUAAAAUAGUUAGCCCUUUGGCUCUUUAAAUAUGUUGGAAGUAAUUAUAUCUGUUUUUGUCAUUUUAUCGAUAUCAAUUUACGUCUAUUUGAGAUGGAAUUUUGAUUACUGGCAAAAACGAGGUAUCCGUGGACCAAAACCAGCUAUUUUAGUUGGAAAUUUCAGCAAAUCAGCUCGAGGCGAAGUGAAUUAUGUUGAUGAAUUAAAUGAAAUUUAUCUAAAAUAUAAAAAUACUGAUAAGUUUGUUGGUAUCUUUGCAUCACGAAAUCCACGACUAUUUAUCUUGGAUCCCGAAAUAGUUCGACAAAUAUUGUUGACAAAUUUUAGCAGUUUUUAUGAUAAUGAAUCUUCAAGAUGGUCGAUGCCGAAAAUUGAACUCCUUCGAAUGCAAAGUCCUUUUGUUUGUGUUGGCGAAACAUGGAAGGAAAAACGCUCGGAAAUUGUUACAGGAUUGACAGUUAGCAGAUUACGUUCAUCAUAUCCAGCAAUGCAGGAAGUUGCUCAUAAAUUGACUGGUUUUCUCAGAGACCAUGAAAGAAAGAAUAUUGACGCAAAAGAGCUUUCCGGAAGAUUCACUCUGGAAUUAAUAGCAAAUUUCAUCUGGGGUAUUGAUGCUGGAGCUUUUGGUAAUGAAAAACUCUGUCAUAUUCAUGACAUAGCCAUUGGAAUGAUAAGUCAAUCUAUAAAAUGUGUAUCCUACUAUCUAAAAACUGCAUCAUGGCCUUGGUUAAGGAAACUUUAUACUGAACGUUUUUUCCCUAAAUCUACUGAUGAUUUCUUUAAAAAUCUUACCACAAACUUAAUUGAACACAGAUUAAAAAAUCCACAAGAACGUUCAGAUAUUUUAAAUCAUCUGAUAAAUCUUUCGAAUAAGAAGACACUUACUGAAUUUGAAUUAGCAGGACAUUCUACAACAGUUUUGAUUGAUGGUUUUGAAACUGCAGCUCUAACAAUAAGUCAUUGUCUUUUAUUGAUUGGUCGAAAUAAAUCAGUGCAAGAGAAGCUCCGAAAUGAAAUACUUGAACAUUUGGAUAGUGAAAAUGGAAUAAGUUUUGAGAAAUUAAAUGAACUUCCAUAUCUUGAUCAGUGUAUUCAUGAAACUCUUCGAUUAUUCCCACCUUUGGCUACUUUUACGAAAAUCUGCACAAUACCUACAACAAUUGAAAAUUCCGAUGGUACAAAACUCCAAUUGAAACGGGGAGAUACAGUUCAUAUAUCAGCUUAUUCCUUCCACAAAGAUGAAGAAAUAUUUGAGAAACCUGAAGAAUUUAUACCGGAAAGAUUUGAUCCUGAGGUUGGAGUUUAUCGAAAGUAUCGCGACAGAUGUGUAUUUCUUCCGUUUGGUGAUGGUCCAAGGAUGUGUUUAGGAAUGAAACUUGGACUAUUGGAGACAAAAAUAGCAGUCGCUGAAAUCAUUCGAAAUUUUAACAUUGUUUUGAGCGGUUCAACUCGAUUGGAUAAUCGCUGUGAUCCAAAUAACGUUUUUUCAUCUUUGGAUGGUGGUAUUAGACUUCAAUUUGAAACAUUGAAAUAAUAUCUUAGUUGUGUUGCUACCUCAUUGAUUAAGUAUUAAAAAAGUUGUUAUAAUUUAAGGAAAUGAUAAAAUGAAUCUACACUCCUGUUCAAAAUUAA